GAAAUGGCACAGAAAGGAGUUCAGCUGGGCCAGGAAACCCUUUCUUGUUCGAUCUGUCUGGAUCUCCUGAAGGAUCCGGUCACUGUUCCCUGUGGACAUAGUUACUGUAUGAGCUGUAUUAAAAGCCACUGGGAUAAAGAGGAUGAGAAGACAAUCUACAGCUGCCCUCAGUGUAGGCAGGACUUCACACCAAGGCCUGUCCUCGGGAAAAGCACUAUGUUAGCAGUUUUAGUGGAGGAGCUGAAGAAGACUGGACUCCAAGCUGCUCCUGCUGAUCACUGCUAUGCUGGAUCUGAAGAUGUGGCCUGUGAUGUCUGCACCGGGAGAAAACUGAAAGCCUGUAAGUCCUGUCUGCAGUGUUUGAUCUCAUUUUGUGAGAAACAUCUUCAGCCUCAUUUUGAACCUGCUUAUGCAAAACACAAGCUGGUGGAGCCCUCCAAGAAGCUCCAGGAGAACGUCUGCUCUCGUCAUGAUGAGGUGAUGAAGAUGUUCUGUCGGACUGAUCAGCAGUCUAUCUGUUAUCUCUGCUCUGUGGACGAACACAAAGGUCAUGACACAGUCUCAGCUGCAGCAGAAAGGAGCGAGAGGCAGAGAGAGCUCGAGGUGAGUCGACAAAACAUCAGGCAGAGAAUCCAGGACAGAGAGGAAGGUGUGAAGCUGCUCCAACAGGAGGUGGAGGCUAUCAACGGCUCCGCUGAUAAAACAGUGGGGAACAGUGAGAAGAUCUUCACUGAGCUGAUCCGUCUCAUGGAGAAAAGACGCUCUGAUGUGAAGCAGCAGGUCAGAUCCCAGCAGCAAACUGAAGUGAGUCGAGUCAGAGAGCUUCAGGAGAAGCUGGAGCAGGAGAUCACUGAGCUGAAGAAGAAAGAUGCUGAACUGGAGAAGCUCUCAGACACAGAAGAUCACAACCAGUUUCUACACGACUACCCCUCACUGUCACCACUCAGUGAAUCUACACACUCAUCCAGCAUCAAGAUCCGUCCUCUGAGGUACUUUGAGGAUGUGACAACGGCUGUGUCAGAAGUCAGAGAUAAACUACAGGACGUCCUGAGAGAGAAAUGGACAAACAUCUCACAGACAGUGACUGAAGUGAAUGUUUUACUGUCAGAACCAGAGCCCAAGACCAGAGCUGAGUUCUUAAAGUAUUCAUGUGACAUCACACUGGAUCCAAACACAGUAAACUAUGACCUCGUAUUAUCUGAAGGUAACAAAAAAAUCACAAUUAAUGGUGAACAGUCUUAUCCAAGUCACCCAGAUCGAUUCACUGAAUUGUGGCAGGUUUUAAGUAAAGAGAGUCUGACUGGAUGUUGUUACUGGGAGGUGGAGUGGAUUGGGGAAGAAAUUUAUAUCGCAGUCGCCUACAAGAAUAUCAGCAGAGCAGGGAGCUCAGAUGAAUGUGAUUUUGGACGCAAUGACAAAUCUUGGGCGUUAUUUUGUUACCGUACGUACAGUUAUUCAUUUUGGUACAACAAUGUGGAAACUAAAAUAUCAGCUAAUGGGUCCGAUAGAAUAGGAGUGUACCUGGAUCACAGAGCAGGUAUUCUGUCCUUCUACAGCAUCUCUGAAACCAUGACUCUCCUCCACAGAGUCCAGACAACAUUCACUCAGCCUCUACAUGCUGGACUCCAUCUUGAAUUUUCUUACACAUACUGGGCUGAGUUUUGCAAACUGAAAUAGACGAAGGUCACUUAAGGGGACAUGGGUCGAAUUUUGUGUAUUUUGUCUUCAUGUCUGUUUCUGGGAGAUGAUUGUUUCGGCCUUUAGUCAUUGCUCACAGGUUAUCUCUGCGUCACGACCCGGCUCUUAAGGCCUGACAAAAAACUACAGCAGGUAAACGUAGGGGUUAACUAAACGGUGUAAAAGUUUAUGACAAAGUACCAAAAAUAAUAAUGAGUGAGGUGUGUUUUUUUCAGUGAAUCAGUGGGCCGGCUGAGUGUGUGUCCCCUGUGGUACGGUCUUGAAACUUAACUAACAUAAGCAAACUACAACAAAAACAUCCAACCACAUGAUAAUGAGAGGCUGGGAGCAGUGACGACUCUAGAGUCUGGUGGGGCUCUAGGCAAAAAUAAAUUGGGGCGGGGGGGUCCUCUCUCCUAAAGACGGUAAAGAUGGAUAAUUCCGCUUCAUUUUUCUUUUUUGACUUUCGUUGAAAAACGUUGGUUUUCACAGCAAUAAUGCAAGCAAUGCUCAGCAGGGCAACGAUUGUGAGUGCUGUCAGAUGGGGCCCCCUUAGGGAGGUUUCCUACUGUCAUUAAAAACAUUGCCCAUUUUCGGCCACUGCUUUAGUUUAAGUUUGUGAGCCAAGGGGCGCUGCUUGUCGACAGGCGAAGCAGGCAACUGCUUGUGGCCCCAGACCAGUAGGUGGCCCCAGAGGGCUGACAAACUUCGAACCAAAGCAGCAACCCAAAAUGUGCAAUUGUUGCAGUGACAGUAGGAAACCUCCCUAAGGAGGCCCCAUCUGACAGCAUUUGCUCUCAUGGCUCUGCUGAACGCUGGUGGGAGUGUCCCUGAAUUAACAUUUGCCUCGGGGCCCCAGACACUAGAAACGCCACUGUGUGAGCCCUCAGGGGCCCCCAUACUGGUGAGGGGCCCCAAGCAGUCGCAGUUUCUGUUUACAAGCAGCGUCUCGGGAUGGGAGCGAAUGAGAGAGUGAACGGUUGAAUCUUCUAUAGCCGACACCUGGGAGACUGGCCAGGUAUGCGAAGGUGUGGCAGAACACCGGGAAACAAAACAAACAGACAGCAGGCCGUGCUGGCAGGAGGGCCGUCACAUCUGUCAUUUAAACUUUACAGAGUUUUCUUGUAUGUAUAAACAAACUCUAGAUUCAAAGCAUGAAUAAGUUACAUUUGGUGCUUGUUACUGUUUUGUUUUUUAAGCGGUCAAAACUCUCGCUGAUAAUGUCGAUUAUUAUGUGGAUUAUGAGGGUAAUGAGGACACGUUGCUACAUAGAAAUGUAAACUUGUCUGUACGCUGGAUGUCUUUGAAUAUCAGUUGGUGUGUCUCUAACACUGAAUGUGUCCUUAGAGGACAAGCGUCAGGCUUUUCUUAUCUUUUUUGGUAAAUAUUUUGGUUCCCACCACUGUGUACAUAUGUUAGGAACGUAUUGGUUAUAUAUACAUGUUGUUGUUUAGAAAUAUGUUGUUUUUUUUAAGCAGGGGUUCCAUACCCGCUGGAGGGUCACCAAAGGGUGUUAGGGGGGUCGUGGAUCUUAAAGUGGAAGAGGGGAAAAAUGGAACAAAACAUAUGACAAUGACAUUUGUAUAUAUCAUUUGAAAUGUUAUAAAUCCCUGAGUAUGAAAAUCUGUGUUCUUCUUAAUGCCAAUGUUUCUAUUGAAAAGAAGAGAAGACAAAUUGAACUUAAUGAAUUAAUAAAAAAAUAAUAUUCACUGUUUCUAUUACUUUGAAUUAGGCCUAUUAUUAAGAGAUACAUUAUUUUAAAAAAAGACAUAGAAUAUAUCAAAUGAAAUUAACAAACAACAAGAUUAUUAUUAGUUAAUGCAAACAAGGAAAUCAAUUAGGAAGGGAUAUGUUUAAUUUGAGAUGUCUAAUGAAGACCCCUAGUGAAACACAUUUCUGGAAUAUUGGAUCCCUGCGGUGUGCGAGCCGCCUUUCUCUUAGUUUUAAGUGACUUUAUUACUCAACUCAACACCUGUCUGCUUUGGUUUGAGUGUGCUUGUUCCUCGAUUGUUGUCAUUUUGAUAUUUGAAUUCAUGCAAGGUACAAAGAAUUCAAGAAAUCUCAUCAAGGAUGUACAUAGUUUGGAUUCUGAUAAAAACUGAUUGUGCAGAUCAAUUGAAUCUUUCAUGAAAUUAUUGGACAACAGACUUUAUAGAUUUGAUGUGUGACAGAAGGUAUAAAUAAGAAUAAACAUACAUGAAAACAA